UUUCUUGAUAUCUCUGUAAUCUUCUUCGCUGCUCCUUCUCCUCUUUCCUUCUUUCUUUCUUUCUUUCUUUCUAUAACCUUCAUUUUCUGUCCUUUUCUGCUCAAGUUUACUGUACAAUCUUGAACAAAAACUUGAACUGAAAACCCACCAUAUUUCUUCAGAUUUCUUGAAACUCUUGGGACAAAACAAUCAUGGCUGCAUUUGUAGUGGGUUUGGUGCUUCUCUUAGCCAUGGCUGCCCUUUCAGAUGCAUCUUACUGUGUAUGUAACAGUGGGGCAAGUGACCAAAUUCUUCAAAAGAACAUAGACUAUGCUUGUGGGACUGGAGCUGAUUGUUCUGCAAUUCUUCAAAAUGGACCAUGUUAUAACCCAAACACUGUAAGAGAUCACUGUAAUUAUGCUGUGAAUAGUUAUUACCAGAGGAAAGGCCAGGUUGCUGGAAGCUGUGAUUUCCAGGGCACUGCCACUGUCACCCAAACACCCCCUGGUACAGGUUCUGGAUGUGUGUACCAGUCUAGUCCCAGCAACGGAGUCAGCACAACACCCACUGGUCCAACAAUGGGAGGAACACCAACCACUGGUGGCACAACUACAGUUCCAGGUUCAUCCACAGUAUCUCCCAGCGGCGGCGUCAGCCUCGGGCCGACGGGGAGUGGAUUUAGCAACACAGACAGCAGCAACGGCGAGGCGACGAUGAAGAUCCAUCGAAGCAGAAGCAGCAUCCUUGUGAUAGUGCCUGUCUUCCUAACUCCAGUAAUUUCUGGAUUAAUGAUGUAG